UCUUCCUACUGUUCUUUGGCUUCCUAAACAGAGUCACACUUGGUAUCUUCAGAGAGACUAUGGUCAAUUUGACUGCAAUGAGUGGAUUCCUCCUCAUGGGGUUUUCUGAUGAGCGUAAGCUUCAGAUUUUACAUGCAUUGCUGUUUCUGGUGACAUACCUGCUGGCCUUGACAGGCAACCUCCUCAUUAUCACCGUCAUUACCUUGGACCAUCGUCUCCAUUCCCCCAUGUAUUACUUUUUAAAGCACCUCUCUCUUCUGGACCUCUGCUUCAUCUCUGUCACAGUCCCCCAGUCCAUUGCAAAUUCACUUAUGGGCAACGGUUACAUUUCUCUUGUUCAGUGCAUUCUUCAGGUUUUCUUCUUCAUAGCUCUGGCCUCAUCAGAAGUGGCCAUUCUCACAGUGAUGUCUUAUGACCGGUACGCAGCGAUCUGUCAGCCACUUCACUAUGAGACCACUAUGGAUCCCAGUGCCUGUAGGCAUGCAGUGAUAGCUGUGUGGAUUGCUGGGGGCCUCUCUGGGCUCAUGCAUGCUGCCAUUAACUUCUCCAUACCUCUCUGUGGGAAGAGAGUCAUUCAGCAAUUCUUCUGUGAUGUUCCUCAGAUGCUGAAACUAGCCUGUUCUUAUGAAUCCAUUAACGAGAUUGCACUGGCUGCAUUCACGACAUCUACAGCAUUUAUCUGUUUGAUAUCCAUUGUGCUCUCCUACAUUCGCAUCUUCUCUACAGUGCUGAGAAUCCCAUCAGCUGAGGGCCGGACCAAGGUCUUCUCCACCUGCCUACCACACCUAUUUGUAGUCACCUUCUUUCUUUCAGCUGCAGGCUUUGAGUUUCUCAGACUGCCUUCUGAUUCCUCAUCGACUAUGGACCUUGUAUUCUCCAUAUUCUAUACUGUGAUACCUCCAACACUCAAUCCAGUCAUCUAUAGCUUACGGAAUGACGCCAUGAAGGCAGCACUGAGGAAGAUGUUGUCAAAGGAAGAGCUUCCUCAGAGAAAGAUGUGUUUAAAAGCCAUGUUUAAACUCUAAAGAACCAUAGAAACGAAAGGCAUUGUUAUUAUGUUUCAGAUUGGAAGGGGGUGAAUCUAAUUGCUUCCCAGAACGCUCUUCCAAGC